CAGUCAGUGGUCUAUUAUUCCUCCCGUCUUGAUGAGGUGGCACAAGCAAUGCCCCUGUGUUUACAGUCAGUGGUCUAUUAUUCCUCCUGUCUUGAUGAGGUGGCACAAGCAAUGCCCCUGUGUUUACAGUCAGUGGUCUAUUAUUCCUCCUGUCUUGAUGAGGUGGCACAAGCAAUGCCCCUGUGUUUACAGUCAGUGGUCUAUUAUUCCUCCCGUCUUGAUGAGGUGGCACAAGCAAUGCCCCUGUGUUUACAGUCAGUGGUCUAUUAUUCCUCCUGUCUUGAUGAGGUGGCACAAGCAAUGCCCCUGUGUUUACAGUCAGUGGUCUAUUAUUCCUCCCGUCUUGAUGAGGUGGCACAAGCAAUGCCCCUGUGUUUACAGUCAGUGGUCUAUUAUUCCUCCUGUCUUGAUGAGGUGGCACAAGCAAUGCCCCUGUGUUUACAGUCAGUGGUCUAUUAUUCCUCCUGUCUUGAUGAGGUGGCACAAGCAAUGCCCCUGUGUUUACAGUCAGUGGUCUAUUAUUCCUCCCGUCUUGAUGAGGUGGCACAAGCAAUGCCCCUGUGUUUACAGUCAGUGGUGGCUGCAGCACGGACUGUGGAGGACUCAACCUCUGUAGUACUGUACCAUGAUUUGACUUUGAGGGUACCACAUGCCGUCUCAAUCUUGUUAUUGGAACAUAAAAUGGCAUACAUGUCGCCAGCUAGACACUUGUCUUGUAAGAUUAUUCUGUUAAAUAUGCCAAAUCUAACAAUAGAGCGAUGUUCUACCUUGCACCCUCCACAUGAUUGUGUAACAGAAACCAAGAACGUUGUCUUACUAAGACCCGAUUUGACUGAUCUAGCUUUAUUGGAUGGGGAACUGACUUUGUUUGUAGAUGGGUCGUACAGAAAGAACCCAGAUGGCUCAAAUGCAACUGGUUAUGCAUUAGUGACUCUUACUGAGGUGUUGGAAGAUGGAGCAUUAAGAUGGAGCCCUUACCAGAGCUUGGGAAUUGUGGAAGGGUAAAUGCAUUACGAUAUAUAUUGACAGUGCUUAUGCUUUUAACACCAUCCAUGUAUUUGCACCCAUCCAUGUAUUUGCACCCAUCCAUGUAUUUGAAUUUACUAAAGCCAGUUUUAUGACCAAAGACAGUAGCAAUUUGUAAAUGUGAAGGGGCAGAUGAGGAAGCUAAAAGAGCGGCCAGAAAACAACACCCACACACAGAAUCUCACUUGAAAGAGGAAGUUUGUAUUGACACAGAAUUACUGAAGGAAAGUCAGCUUAGAGCUCCGAUUAAGGAAGUUAAUAGAUGGGUUAAGAUGGGAGCCACUGAUAAAGGAGGAAUUUGGCACAAAAGAUGUUAUGCUCUACAGGUGAAUUACAGGAGAAGGUGAUUCACUCAAUCCAGUCCCUGAGGAGAACAGACGGGAAGCAGCCCCGUUGGGAGGGGCCAUACCAAGUUCUCCUGGUGACUGCCUUCGCUGUGAGAAUAGACGGG